AUGGAAACAGGUCCUCACUACAACUAUUACAAGAACCGCGAAUUGUCAAUCAUCUCAGCCCCAUUCAGUGGUGGCCAAGGUAAAUUCGGUGUCGAGAAGGGUCCUAGAUACAUGCUGAAGCAUGGUUUGCAGUCAAGCCUGGAAGAGUUGGGCUGGUCCACUGAGUUGGAGGCCGCUCUUGACGAGGCUGAAUUUGUCACCAAAUUGAAAAAGGAAAAAGAAUCGUCCACUGGAGGCUCUUCCGUUUUGGACGGAGGAGUUAAGGCCAAGAGAGCCGACGUGGUCGGUGAAGCCACCGAGAUGGUUUACAAGUCCGUGUCCAAAGUGGUUCAGGCCGGCAGAUUCCCAGUGACCUUGGGUGGUGACCAUUCCGUCGCUAUGGGUACUGUAUCAGCCGUCUUGGACAAGUUCCCUGAAGCCGGUGUGCUAUGGAUCGACGCACACGCGGACAUUAACACUAUAGAGACCACAGACUCGGGUAACUUGCACGGUUGUCCCGUUUCAUUCUUAAUGGGCUUAAACCAAGAUAUCCCAGGCUGUCCCGAGUCAUUGAAAUGGGUUCCCGGUAACUUGAGUCCAAAGAAAAUAGCAUUCAUCGGGUUAAGAGACAUCGAUGCAGGAGAAAAGAAAAUCUUGAAAGACCUGGGCAUUUCAGCCUUCUCCAUGUACCACGUGGACAAGUACGGUAUUAACGCUGUCGUUGAGAUGGCCAUGAAAGCUAUCCACCCGGAAACAAACGGCGAAGGCCCCAUAAUGUGCUCUUAUGACGUCGAUGGUGUAGACCCACUAUACAUCCCUGCCACAGGUACUCCAGUGAGAGGUGGGUUGACUUUGAGAGAAGGUCUUUUCGUGGUGGAAAGAUUGGCAGAAACCGGUAACUUGGUUGCUCUAGACGUUGUCGAAUGUAACCCAGAUUUGGCCAUACACGAUAUCCAUGUCUCAAACACCAUCUCCGCCGGCUGCGCCAUUGCAAGAUGUGCAUUGGGUGAAACCUUAUUGUAG